AGCAUCGAAAAUAACUGUUCCACGUCUCAUCAGCAAUAUCGCUCCAAGACAGCUGGCAAUUGACGGGACGUUUACAAACCUGCGGUAUCAAAGCUGUGUUUACGCUGUAAAAUAUUAGCAUUAACAUAAGAGAGGAUGUUUGUUAACCGUCUCAAUGAGACGUGUAGCCGUGAGUUGUUUUGUUUCCCAGAUAGUCCGUCAUAAUCUCUGACAACAAGCCAACGACUCCAGUGCUUCUUAGUCGUGUUGCGGAAAAGGGCCGUUUCCAACUAUCAUGGCUUUUGUGAGCCUCUUCUCUUGUACCCCAAACCCCGUUUUUGAUAUAAACAUGCCACGCUCAGGGGCAAAAAGGGAGGAUGGUGAACUGGAGGAUGAAGAAAUUGAUAAUGAGGGAGUUGAAAUUGAAGAAAAGAAAUUCGAAGUAAAGUCUGAAACUUCAAACAAAUGCAGAGAAAAGGAAGAGGUACAAGAAAAUAAUGACACAUUACUGCACUCUCAAAAGAGACACAGAAAAAUAAAAGAAAAGCAGAGAUCAAAACGAAGACGAAGGGACAGAGUAAAGCACCACUUGCCAUCCAGUGGCUCUAGCUCUGACAGUCAUGACUCUGACCAUGACCAUCAAGACAGACUUAAGAACAAGAAGGGCAAAGGCUUUUACAGAGACUAUGAUGGUCGGUUUGCACUGCAUGAACAGGAACAACUACCAAGCUUGACACAGUGUAAAAACAGUGAGAGUAAGGAGAAAUAUGAUUAUGAAGCAGAGCAGGCUGACUUUAGCGAGGAGCUGUCCAGAUACAAACUUGCAAAAGAGUUGACCACAUCAAGCCAGGGCAAAUCAUGGAACCCCAAAAUACAGGCAAAGAAAUCCAGUGUAAAAGGCCAGCAGUUUUGUAGUUUACAGGGUCGAGGGCAUGGUGGAGGUUGUGGGGGUAGGGGUCGUGGUGUUCAAACCAAAAAUAAGAAAAAGAAGUGCAAGAACUUGGGACGGGAGAGGGGCAGAGCGGAAGAAAUCAAAGAAGGUCAAAAUAGAACAAAAGUGGAAGCACAAAGUCAACCAAAUAUCCAGAAGAAACGUCCAUUUAUGAGCCAGCAGUUUAUCUGUCAGCACACCUUUGAGCACAAUGGGAGAAACAUCUGUAAAUAUUUUAUUGAGGGUAGAUGCAUUAAAGGGGAUCUGUGCAAGUUUGAACAUGGCAAUGUUGUUCCAGAAAAGAAGAAGGAACUGUGCAAGUUCUAUGUCCAGGGAUGCUGCACUAAAGGCGAAAGCUGCAUGUACAUGCACAAUGAAUACCCAUGUAAGUUCUUCCACACGGGAACGAAGUGCUACCAGGGAGGCUACUGCAAAUUCUCCCAUGAUCCUUUAACUAAUGUUACGAAGGAGUUGUUGGACAAGGUCUUGAAAACAGAUGGAGAACAUACCAACGAUUUUAAGCGGGAUCUGGAGGACCCAAAAAAGCAGGGUAUAUUUACUUUACCGAAUCCUUCUGGUGUGGGGCUACCACUAACAUGUGAGUCAGAAAGCCCCCAAGAUGGGAGCAAAAAAAUCCCCUCCUUAUUUGGUAUUAAGGUCCAGUCAACUGUGGGCUUGGCACAAAAGAUUGCUUUGAAGCCCAAUUUCUACAACUGUACAUCUCCUCCCUUGGAACAGUUUCAGGGAAGUAGAAGCUCUGCUCAAUUCAGCAAUGCACCAGGGGACACGCAGGCAGUAAAAAUGAUGUCACCAAGCCACAGUCAUUCUCUAGUGGCACCUCCAGGUUCUCCAGGAAGCAUGACUUCAUGUUCUUCCCUCUACUUACCAGGCAUUUUUCAGAGCCCAAAAAGACAAGCAAAACCCCUAGGCUUUGGCUUGAGCACUCCUGUGUCACCUACUCCACUUUCAAAUCAACCCACAAUCCAUCAGAAUAACAGUCCUCAGAGAAACCAGCAAGAAACUCAGGUCCAGCCUGUUUCUGGCAUGCAGAUGCCCUCAGAGCUUUUUAAAAACUUGUUCACCAUUCACUCCCUUGGACUGUCAGAAGAGGGCCAGUCAGGGUCCAUGCAAGACUCCCAGCAAAACCAGGGAAACAGUACAGAGUUCUGCAGUGGUAUGCAGCGUUUCCUACCGGCUGUACAGAAAGCUUUGCUGUUACACUUUAACCAGAGUCAACAGGACUCUGAGUUCCAUGGACCUCAUAAAAAGCACCCUAUUUCUCCUACUAAAAAAGAAAAAGUUCAUACAACAAAUUGGAAUUCGAGUGAUGAAGAUGGCAGCAGUGUUUUAAAGACCCUGAAAAAGCAGGACAAAAUGCUGAAAGCUCAACACUCCCAGGCUCAUGUUCAACAUUUUGUUAUGGACCCCAGGCUUUACAAGAAAAGAGCUCUUCCUGCUAAUUCCUGUGUAAUGACCAACUUUGGACAGCACAUACUAGACACUGGUAAAGAUGAUAAGACUAUUAUUGACCCGAGACAGACCAAAGAUCCCUAUAUGACAAAACCUGUGAGCUUGUCGAAGGUGGAUUCCCACCACAGCCUGCCUCAAAAGCCUUCUGCUACAGAGGAAGAUGAGGAGGAGUGGAAGCUGAGGGAUCAGACUGCCCUGAUACCACUAGAUUCUCGUCCGGGAGCCUCACUGCAGGACCCUCGUUGUCAGAUUAAACAGUUCAGCCACAUUCGGGUGGACUUCUUUCUGCAGCGACCAGCCUUUGCUCACAGUGUGGUUUGGGCACCUGAGGACCUUAUCCCACUAAUGAUUCCCAAAAAGGAACUCUCCAUUAAUCUGCCUCUAUCCCCCCUAAUUGCAGAUGCCCAGCUUAAUCAUAGGCAAUCAAGCUUGUCAGACCGUACUUUCUUGUCUGCCCGGAAUACAUUAAACACCAGCUUAUCUGCUACUCACCUUAGUGAAGAUGUAGAUGGAUUAGGCAUCACCACUGGGAUGACUCGGGAGCAUCCAGACAAACCAACAAAUCCUCUGACUCACAAAGUGUUGGAUCCCAGAAUUAAUCGGUCAGGGAGCCUUGACUCAAAGAGGCCUGCUAAUAGAGAAGGCUGCUCUAGUUUAGGGAUUGCAGAUCCUCUACUACAAAGAAGUGCAGCUCACCAGACUACCACUUUAGCUAAGCUUGAUACUGAUAAGCCUCCCCCAUAUGUACCUCAUCUGGCAUCUUCUGCAUCAAAUAUUGAACUGAGAAGCCCCACCACAUUGCUUGGGGCUGUCAGCUUAUAUGAUCCUCGAAUCCACACUUUGCUCUCCCCAAAUCAGGAGACAAAGAAGCUCUGGAAAAAGGAAGAAAUGCUAAAACAGUCUGUAAAAUGUAAGAGCCUCCUUUUUCCGCAGGUCUUAUCCACACCACAAGAAGCAUCUGAACAGGUGGCCAAUGAUUCAAACAAAAAAAUUCAGACCAAUGACAGUCAGUUAUACGUGGCAGCACCUGUCAUGCACAACCUGCCAGUCAAGCCGCUGGCAGGGCUCAUACGCCCAGCUUUCACAGAUGCCCCACAAAACAGACCAAGUAAUCAAGCUGCCAGAGUGCAGGAGGAGGAGGAUGAAAAGAAAGAUGUAAAAGAAAAAGAGAAGAGAAACAUCCUGUUAAGGGAUGUGUUUAAGACCUUUGACCCAACCGCAUCACCAUUUUGUCAUUAAACACUGCUGAACACUGAUUGAAUCAUUUUAUCUUUGCCAAGCAUUUUCCUGGUAUCUCACUAAUUGUUUGAAACAGCAAGACAGAUGCAACAAACAAAUUGACAAGAACACUUGCCUUUCUUGUGCGGGGAGCUUGCUGAACAGCACUAUUUUACAGGCUACAUUACAUUAAAAUUGUACUUUAUUGAUAUUGAAAGAUCGUACGUCAUUUGCAACUUUUUAAAGAAGUGUGCUUUAAAUUAAAUGGCCAAAUAGUGACUUUU